GUCGAGAGGCCCUGGUACUGUGGUAGAACUAGUGUUUCGGUGCCUGGCUGCAUGCUGGCCUGCAUGCUGAUCGCGUCUUUAAAGUUAAACAGUGGCACUUGCACUUUCAUUUUUCAUUCCAUUUAAACAUAAAUUAGCGCUACAGUUUACACGCGCUUCGGGUAGACAAAUGUCUGAAAGCUACGCGCUCGGAGUGGACGUCGGGACGCAGGGUCUCAAAGUUGUCGUAUACAGCAUUUCCACGCAUGAAUUAGUUAAGAAGGCUGGUGUAGCAUACGAUAUCACCAAGACAACUAUACCUGGGCGCGCGGAGCAGGACCCGCAGGUUUGGAUAAGUGGCACGGUUACAGCCAUCGCAGAGGCUCUCAAUGGCCUGGACCGCUCCUGCGUCAAGGCGCUUGCCGUGUCGGGGCAGCAGCACGGUCUGGUGGUACUGGGGGAAGGCGAUAAGGUGCUUCGCCCGGCCAAGCUGUGGUGCGACACUGAGAGUGCCGCGGAGGCGGAGGAGCUGUCAGCCAAGUUUGGGUGGAAGCUGGUUCCUAGCUUCACGAUUACCAAGCUGCUCUGGCUGCAGCGACACGAGCCCGACACGUACGCCGCCGUGCGGAGUGUGCUGCUGCCACACGACUAUGUCAACUGGUGGCUCACCGGGCGCAAGAUCAUGGAGCUGGGUGAUGCCAGCGGCACAGGUGUGCUGGAUGUGGAGGGCCGGCGCUGGGACACAGCCGCUAUGGAUGCGGUGGACACACGGCUGCGGGAGCUCUUCCCGCCACUGGUGGAUUCGCCUGACCAGGCCAUCGGCACGGUGCGGCCGGAGGUGGCGGCACAGCUGGGCCUUCCCCCCGGCGUGCUGGUGGCGCCCGGCAGCGGCGACAACGCCAUGAGCGCGCUCGGGGCCGGAGCAGCCACGGACGGAGCCACCGUCAUCUCCCUGGGCACGAGUGGCACCAUCUUUGCCAAGAGCCCCACCGCCAUCCUGGACCCCACGGGCGUCAUCUGCCCGUUCUGCGACGCCACUGGCAACUACCUGCCGCUGCUAUGCACCCUCAACUGCACCCGCGUGCUGGAGGAGGUGCGCGAGGCGUUCGGGCUCGACCACGAGACGCUGACGGAGCUGGCGGAGGCUGAUGCGUCGGGACCGGGCUGCGGCGGCGUCACGUGGUUGCCGUACCUGAUUGGCGAGCGCACGCCGUGCUGGCCGCACGCGAGCGGCGCGCUGCUGGGGCUACGGCCGGGCUGCUUGCGCCCGGGGCUGCUGUACCGGGCCGCGAUGGAGGGCGCCACGCUGUCGCUGCUGGCGGGCUUCCGGAGCAUGGUGGCGGCGGGGCUGCGGCCGGGGGCGCAGCUGCGACUGGUGGGCGGCGGUGCCAAGAACCGGCUGUGGAAGCAGAUUGUGGCGGAUGCCUUUGGGAUGGAGGUGGUGCUGCCGGCGGAGCCAGACUCAGCAGCGCUGGGGGCGGCACUGCAGGCCGCUGCCGUGCUCGAGGGCGUGAGCGUCUCUGACUACGUCACUCAACACCGGCCACCCAUGCUAGGCCAGGUCCUCAAGCCGAAUCCAGCGCACAGGUCGGCGUAUGAUAGGGCCCUGGCCCGGUUUGAGGCGCAGGCGCAGCAGCUCUUCGGACGCGCGUAAAGGCGGUAUGUCAGAUAAGUGAGACAAGAUAGUCGCAGCGUCAGGUUUCGUCCCUGUUUACGGGAACAAUGUGAGCCGGACCGUUGCCAGACAUGUAUGUUCAGAGGAUUGCAGUGCUGACCGACAUUCACUCGCACGUAAGGGGGCUGGGGGAGUCGGGAGGGGCACGUCGUAGGGGUGGGAGCCGCCUGCAUAGCCUUAUGGGCUUGCGGCUGAGCGUCGGGGGGUUGACAAUUGCAUGUGCGUACCGGUUUGUGCCUACUGUGUGCGGCGAGGGGUGACCGAUGAUGGCGUUUGGUUAAGAUGGGCGCCGUCGGGGGCAGGGGGGGGGAGGGUUCGUGGAUCGGUUCGGUGCGCCUGGCUGCAUCCAGAUCAGCGAGUCCACGUGGGCACCUCUCCAGCCGGAGGACCAAACGCUCUUUGACCCGCGGGGGGCGAUCGAGUGGAAGGGCAAGGUCCACAUGUCAGUGUAUCUGCUCACUGGCGGGCCGGGGGAGCCGCCCAUGCAACCAUGUAAGGGACAGGAGCAGCAGCCGGAGGGGAGGAGCAGUCGCACGUGCCCACCACGGUGGGGGUGUCGGGUGUUGAUUGUGAGGAUGCGGCGGAUGGACAUUGCGGCGGCAUGGAUGAUAGGUGCUGGGCGCCCUUAGCAGGAGCGUUAAGCGUCAGAGGUGAGAUCUUUAAGAAAGGCUCAAGCGUGCGCUGGCGCUACCAGCAGGAAGCAAGCUGGCAAUGCUGCGGACAGGCGUGAACUUAAGGAAGAAACGCCCGGUUACGAAUCUCGCUUAUCGGGUGGUGAAAUGCAUGGGGAGAGUUGUAUGAUCACGUUCGGGCACAUAUGCGGCAUUGAAUGUUAUAAGAGAAGCAAGGCGAUUCGCUGUACCUGCAUGGGGGACCUGCAUUCAUGCAACCGGUCCUUGUAUACCGUAGUGUAGGCAGUGCAGGCGAUGGCUCUGACAAGGCCAGGCGUUUGGAGCUGCUGGCCCAUGCUGUUACACAAUGCGCCCCGCUCAAGCGGGCUGUCGUGUGAUACCGUAGCGUGUCUGUGACUUGCAGCGCAUGUCAGGCUUCCCGCGUUGUGCCCUGUGGCCUGUGCCUCAAGUGCACGCCCGAGGCACGGACGCACAUGGAGGCCUUUUGGUUGCUGUGUGAGCCAGUCCAGUGAGGAGAGGAAAGCUGCAAAACUGAGCAGUGCGCAUGAUUAAAUGCUUAUCAAAGUGUCUGCAUGGGCUGGGUUAGGCUGGGUGAAUGGACUGAAGGGUGUCCUUAUUGUUGGUCUGGAAAUGGUGACGUGCAUCCUGCAUGACAUAGCUGCAUGUGUUGCACUUGCAUGCACUACUGAGGACGAUUGCACGGCUGAGGAAGGGAGGUGGCACAGCGAAGUCCAGGCCUGCGUGCCUGCGGGGCACUGCCCAUCAACUGUAUGUGCGGACAGCUGAUAAGUGCGCGUCCACGCAACGCAGGAAUUCGGUU